UCUGUGCACGUCAGGAUGAACCACUGUUAUUAUGACAAACGCAUGGACUUCUUCUACAAUCUAAGCAACUCCCAGAUGGAACAUGACUGGUCCGGGACCAAACUCAUCCUCAUGUUGUGCUUUGGCGCCUGCUGCUGUUUUUUCAUUUUUGUCUCGAACUUGUUGGUUAUUGCAGCUGUGAUUAAAAACAAACGUUUCCACUUCCCCUUCUAUUACCUGCUCGCCAACUUAGCUGCCGCAGACUUUUUUGCGGGUAUUGCUUACGUGUUCCUUAUGUUUCACACAGGCCCUGUUUCCAAAACACUCACCGUUCAUCGCUGGUUCUUACGUCAAGGCCUCUUAGACACAAGCAUGUCGGCCUCUUUAACCAGUUUGUUGAUAAUUGCUGUGGAGCGACAUAUGUGUAUAGUGCGAAUGAGAAUUCACAGCAAUCUGACCAAAAGAAGGGUGACCUGCCUCAUUUUCUUCAUUUGGGCAACUGCAAUUUUUAUGGGGGCUCUACCUACCCUUGGGUGGAAUUGCAUCUGCAACAUAACAACUUGCUCCACCCUCGCCCCCAUUUACAGCAGGAGUUAUCUGACCUUUUGGGCCGUGUCUAACUUGGUGGCCUUCUUCAUUAUGGUCAUUGUCUACCUGAGAAUCUAUAUGUAUGUCCAGAGGAAGACCAAUGUUCUAUCUCCACACACCACUGGCUCAAUCAGUCGGAAGAGGACACCCAUCAAAUUAAUGAAGACAGUCAUGGCUGUGUUAGGUGCGUUUGUGGUCUGUUGGACCCCAGGAAUGAUAGCCUUGCUUCUUGAUGGUCUGAACUGCUCAAAGUGUGGGGUGCAGGAAGUCAAGCGAUGGUUUCUCCUUCUCGCCUUAAUGAACUCUGUGAUGAACCCCAUCAUUUACUCCUACAAAGACGAGGAGAUGUGGCGGACAUUUAAGCGGAUGAUGUGCUGUUUCUCAAAUGUUGACGCAGAUCGUCGCUCGUCACGUGUCCCUUCCACGGUUCACAGCACUAGGAGUAAUGACACCACCUGCCAAUAUUUUGAAGAUAUCGGUAAUCCCUUGCCUGUGACCAAUGGCAGCACAUUACCUAACAUACCUCCUCUGGUGGCGUCUGACUUCACAACAUUAAUGCUCACAUAAAGUAAAUGUAUGCACAGAGUGAAAAUUCUAUGAUAUUAUAUGUAAUAAAUGGAAAAAUUGUUAUCAGUAAGUUGAACAGAAUUAUGAAAUAUUAUUAAAGUGUGAGCUCUUUGUAUGAAAA